CAGGAGGACUUAAUUGCCUGCUGGGGUUGGCAGAGCCUGCAGCCUGAUCCAUUCGGCAGAAAGCUCCUUGCUUCUCUCAGCUCCCCCUCUCAGAAACCUUCUGCCAAAAUGUCUGACACCGAAGAAGUGGAGCAAGUAGAGGAGGAAUAUGAAGAAGAAGAAGAAGUCGAGGAAGAAGAAGCUCAAGAAGAAGUUCAUGAACCAGUUCAUGAGCCAGAGAAGAAACCCAGACCAAUACCAACGUUGACUGCACCUAAGAUCCCAGAAGGCGAGAAAGUAGACUUUGAUGACAUUCAAAAGAAGAGGCAGAACAAAGACUUGAUUGAGCUUCAAGCCUUGAUUGAUAGUCACUUUGAAAGCCGGAAAAAAGAAGAAGAAGAUAUAAUGUCUCUUAAAGAGAGAAUUGAAAAACGUAGAGCUGAGAGGGCUGAGCAGCAAAGAAUCCGAGCUGAGAAAGAAAAGGAGCGUCAGGCCAGACUUGCUGAGGAAAAGGCAAGACGAGAGGAGGAAGAUGUCAAGAGGAGGGCUGAAGAUGAUCUGAAGAAGAAGAAAGCUCUCUCCUCUAUGGGUGCCACAUACAGCAGCUAUUUGGCUAAGGCUGAUCAAAAGAGAGGAAAGAAACAAACUGCAAGGGAACUGAAGAAGAAAGUUUUAGCAGAGAGACGCAAACCUCUGAAUAUUGAUCACCUUGGUGACGACAAACUGAGGGAGAAAGCCAAAGAAUUGUGGGACUCGCUGUAUCAGCUGGAAACGGAAAAAUAUGAGUAUUUAGAAAAGAUCAAGAGACAGAGAUAUGAUAUUUUAUCACUACGUUGCAGGGUGCAGGCACUGGCCAGGUUCAGCAAGAAGGCUGGAGCCAAGGGCAAAGUUGGAGGACGCUGGAAAUAAAGAUCUGGAAGGUCUCUGCAGGAAGAUUCAUCAAUGGUGGCAUGGCCAAACAUCACUGGCUCAUCUUCCCUAUUUAGCUACCAAUUCCUCUCUCUCGCCUGAACAAAACCAUAGUUGCAACAUCAGCCUGGAUUGCCUACUGCUUACUUUUAGGGUGCCCACAUCUUUCAGAACCUCAGCUCUGAAUGACGAUGAAUCCCUGCUGAUACCUGUUGUCCCACAUGUGUCUUUUCCUAAUUCCAGCUCUACACUGCCACACAGAUUGCAGUGUAUGAAUCUUUUGGUUUUGUAAAUAAAGCGUAGUCAAUAAUAUACUUCAGACCUGCAACUCCUGUCUAGCCAUUCAUUUUUUUCCCAUUAUAAUGAUUCAUUUACCAAACCCUGAAAGUUAUUGGCCUUGUCAAUAAAAUCUGGCAAAGAACCACUGAAGUAAAUAAAUGUAUGCUAGUUUACAUCCA